AACAAUUAAAAUGGCGAAAGGUGAAGGCAGAAGAAGCGACGAGCAAUCUGCAGAUCUUGAUCAGUACGCAAAAGACGCACUUGACGAGGUAUUUAGUAAAGAACAGCAAUCUUACGAGGAAUUUGUGCAGGGCUUUAUGUUCUUGACGACAGAUGACGUCACUGGAAUGAAAGCUCACAGUUCUCACAACUAUCAUGCUGACAGUAUUACCCAAAAUGGUAUAUCAAGUCAUGAUAUGAACUUGAAGGCUAGUAAUGAUGUUGCUCUCCAGAAUUCCCUGUCCCAAAAGAGUCAGGAAACAGAAAAUGACAAUAUACCAGAAGAAGUACUGGGACCUGGUUCAACAGCUGUCCCUAUCCUCAUGCGAACAGCUAAAUCAUCUAGUGGAGCAGUCCUUCAGGUUGACAAUUUUGUCGACUGUGAGGAUGAGGUGAGCGAUGAUAAUGAUGAUGAUGGCGAAGAAGAAGACAACAGGAAGGUCCACUCUUUUCUGGAAGAUGACAUUCUCUCAUCUAACUAUUCUCCUUCAGUUCUGUCAAUGUCUAACUCAUCAAAGAUCCAAGAAGUGGAAGAAUCUAGCACUAACAAUUCUUUUAAUAAGGUUGACUUAGAUGAUGAAAGCCUGAAAGCAGCCAAAGAAUUAGAAAUCUGUUAUCUUUCAGGUACACUGAUUUGUUGUCAUUGA